GGUAGCAAAUAGCCAAACACAGCGCAGCUAGGCUAGCGAAACAGGGUGAGCUCUUUACUGCCUGUGAGCUUCAUGAGGGUAAAAUACAAGUCAAACAGCAUAGCUCCAAAAUCGUCUGUAUGUAUUUGGUGUUAAUGUUUGUUUGCCAGGGUAUACCUUGCUUUGUUUGAGUCUUAAGAGUCAAAUCUAUUUCAUAUUGAAAUUGACACAGUGGACUUCUGGAAGAAGGGAGAGACAUUUAAAGAGAGUGUAAGAUCUGCAGUCAUUGGUGCAUGGCCCUCGGUGUGGCAUCACCAUGAGUGGGGAGCCAAGCGCGUUGGCUGUGGUCAACCAGUUACGGGACCUGGCAGCUGACCCCAUGAACAGGCGUGCAAUUGUAGAGGAUCAAGGAUGCCUUCCCGGUCUUAUUUUGUUUAUGGACCACCCCAACCCACAAGUGGUCUACUCAGCGUUAUUAGCGGUGCGCUACCUGGCAGAAUGUCGGGCCAACCGAGAGAAGAUGAAGGGGGAGCUGGGGAUGAUGCUGAGCCUGCAGAACGUCAUGCAGAAAGGCACAACGCCAGGGGAGACCAAGCUGCUGGCGUCUGAGAUCUACGAGAUCCUCCAGAACGCCAGCAAGUCGGAGGCCGAGGAGGCCGAGGCCGCCGCCUCCUGCAGGCGUAAGGCACAGUUCUUCCUCGGGGGCACCAACAAACGGGCCAAAACCGUGGUACUGCAGAUCGACGGCCUAGACGACUCGGCCCGGCGCAGCCUGUGUGAGGAGGCUCUUCUGAAGAUCAAAGGGGUCAUCAGCUUCACCUUCCAGAUGGCUGUCAAGAGAUGCGUGGUGCGGAUCCGCUCCGACCUGAAGGCUGAGGCCCUAGGAACAGCCAUAAACUCAACCAAAGUGAUGAAGGCCCACCAGGUGGUGAAGAAGGAGGAUGGAGCUGAGGUGAUGCUGCCUCUUCAGGAGGGCUCGGACGUGGUGGUGGAGGAGAACACCGAGCUGCCAGACUACCUGCCCGAGGACGAGAGCCCAUCCCAGGAGCCUCACAAGGCCAUGUCACGCCUGGGCUCCAUGCAGGACGGUGCAGGCUGGUUGAACACGGCCGCCAACUUCCUGUCGCGCUCCUUCUACUGGUGACCUGUGCUCUAAAGCCCUCCCCACCCCCCACCCCUUCCUCCUCGUCCCCCCCACCCCACCCCUCCUCUUACCCCGUAUACCCACACCUGCCCUCCAGGGGGUGCCGGACUGCCAAGUGCAAUUUUAUUUUUGCAAUAACCAUAACUGUGUAUAGAAGAGCUCCAAACAACAACAACAGCAGCAGCAACAAUAACAAUAACAACAACAGAAGCCGCAGCGGGCUGUGUACGAUAGUGUCCCUCCAAGUAGCUCUCCAGAUGACCCUGCUAGUGCUGCUACCUGGCCAACUCACCACAAAAGCCAUACAAGGGACAGACGCCACGCUCGGAAUGGGCUUCUCAUCUUAGCCCUCUGACAUCACUUCUUGUUUUUUUUCUUUUUCAGUCAGUUUUUAACGGUUCAUUUUUUUUAUUCCCCCCCUGCUUUCUCUUUUAUGGGUCCAUCUUUCUGAUACCAAAUGCAGGGUUACCCAUGGCAUCUCCUAGUGUGUUCUUGUGACUUGGCUUGGGCUGACUGCAGGUCUGGCCUGGCAUGGACAGAAGAUGUUUUGUUUCUCUCUUUCUAAACACAGGAGUUCUCUACUCCACGCCCCCUCCCCCUCAUCCUUUACUGUUAGCCUGAAACUUCCUCUCUUUUUAGAGAGUAUUUGAUCAUGACAAUUUGCUUCUUUCCUCUACCGUUUAAGCCUCUUCAAAGCAUGCUGUAAUUUUUUUAUGACUUUUUCCCUCCUUCAUAAUAUUUAUCAUUACAUGGGUGUGUGAGUGAUUGUGUUUUUUUUUUUGCUACUCCUGCAUUUAUAUCCUGUUUUGUUUUUAAGAUUAUUUUCUUUUUUUUUUCACUGACACUUUUGAAGCCUUCUGAAGAAAAGAACCCCCCCCCCCCCCCCCCCCCCCACUCAAACAAAUGCACAUCUUCUUUGAUCGUCAUUUGUUAGCUAUGAAUUCACGGAAUCCACUCUUCGUUGUUCGUAAGCCUCUUAAUCUUAGCAGGUUCCUUCCAUACCAGGAGCUCUGUGAACACCAGCAGAGGCGACUACCUGGUUUGUUGUGGAGCAGACACUAAAUACCUCGCUAGCUUCGCUCAGAAAAGGGAAAUCGUGAGGGACUAGGCUGUUCAGCAACACAUCAUAGUCUACUGUUAUGCCUUGUGACAAGCAGUAAAAGGAGAAGUAGUUCAUGCGAAACCUGAAGAGAGAGAUAUAUAUAUAUAUAUAUAUAUAUAUAUAAAUAGCCUCAACACUACCUAACCAAAUGGGUGAGAAUGCUAGGCACUGCUGUGAUUGCUUAAACCCUGUAGUUAUGAUGAGAAAUACACACUAGCGUCCUCUUUCUUAGUCACCUUUACCCCACAAGACAAAGUAGAUCACACCAAACUAGUCAUAAUGCAGAGCCUUCCAGCAAGAUUGAGAUUGCUACUUGCUUUGCCAAAAUCUGCUCUGCCUGGUACCUGAUCACCAUUCUCUCUGCAGCUGGUCAGUCCUGAACCCACAUCCUUUGGCAUCGGCUCUUUCCUGACCAGCAGUGUCCUUAUUGGUUUUUGCCCACCGAGAGACCACACGUGCAUAUCUGAGCUCUUGCAGGACACAAACAAACAAGCAAACAAAAUCAGGGGUGCUUGUAUGAACACGCUUGUAGUGUACACAAGUGUUAAAGGUUAAUGGUUGAAGGUCUAAGGUCACACCACUGUCACUCACCUCUCAUCAGACUUUCUUCUUCGUCGCUGUUAUCAUAACAUUUUAUCGAUUAUUUGCCCCUCACAAUUCCCCCUAGGGAACCCCCUAGUAACUGGAAUGGCUACCAGCCUGUACAAACGUUCUACCCCUAAAAGAGUUUGAAGCUAGAGCGGAUUCUGAGACUGGUCAUGAAGAUUUAUCCUUCCUUUUCAACUCUCUUCUCUCCAUUUUCUAGUUUUUUAAAGAGAGGUUGGGAAUUAAGCGCAUUUUAAUGCAAGGCAGACCAAUCCAGUUCCAUGCAGUUUUGAAUGAAACGGAUUGCAAUGCCAUAUUAUGUGGACUGAUAUGAAUUGUGAAAUCUGACUGAGGCCAAUUUUGCACACCAUCCUUCCAAAAUGUUGCCUGCGAUCAACAUCAUUAAAACAGUAAUCCUUCAGUAUUAUAUUUAACGAGAGGAUUCAGUUCACUUCUUAACUUAAAUAAUGUACAGUUGAUUUUUUGUUUUUGUUUGUUACACCCCUUGUGUACUGUUGUUAUCUUUACUUGAACAUUUCCUCUUUAUUGAUUCUUUUUCUUCCUUUUCUUUUUAAUUAACACAUUCAUUUCUCACAGUUAAGUAGGAAGGCAGAACAAGAAAGGGUAGCAAAAACUCCAAAUAGUAAACUAGCUUCUCAUGUACAGUGUAUAUCUGCUAUGUGAAGUAUUUCAGGUCACAAACAACUGUUGCCUGUUCACAAUAAUGACAAGUUAUUAAAAUAUAAAUAAAUUGAAA